UUCUACACCAAUCAUGAAGAAGAAAUUCAAUCUCAUACUAACAAAGUGCAUGCCACUAUCACGCCAAAGCCUCAGAACCUCCUCCUCCUCCUCCUACACCACUCUAACACCCAAAUCCACGAGCACCACCACCAACACCACCACUACUGAUGAUGACAAUGCUAGCGCGGUCGCCGGAGAAGAAUAUCAAAAAACCAUUUUCGUUGGAAGCAACAGAAAACCCUACCUGAUUGAUCCCAAGUAUUUAACCCAUCCACUCUUGAAUGCUAUAAUCCAAAAAUCAGGUUCUGAUGAUGAUGAUGUUAUUAAUUGUGAAGUAGUAUUGUUUGAUCAUUUGUUAUGGAUGCUUCAGAAUUCUGAUUUGGAUCUUGCUUCGGAUUCGGUGGAUGAGUUAUCGGAUCUAUAUUUAUCUAACUAACUUUUCUAUA